GGCUGUGAGCUGCAGCGCUGGAGGAGAGCAGCAGAGAGAGACCGCACACAUCCAUCCAUCCAUCCCAAUUCAUCACCGUUUAUCGUUAUCUGUGGUCUGUGCUGCGAUGUUGAUCCUGGACGUUUUGUCCCCGCUCCUCCUCCUCUCCAUCCUGUUGCCGGGCUACGGUUGCCGGGCGGCGGACAUUCCGGAGGACACAACAUCAGAGUUCUCGGUCAGACUGUACCACCAGCUGCAGGCAGCGGGGGGUCAGGACAACAUCAUUUUCUCCCCGCUGAGCGUGGCCAUUGCCCUGGGUAUGGUGGAGCUGGGAGCCAGGGGAGCUUCACUGGAGGAGAUACGACAGACUGUAGGAUUCAGCCACCUGCUGCCAGGUGUGGAGUUCUCAUUGCUCCAGAACCUGACAGAGGCUCUGUCAGACGAUGACGCCCACUAUGUGAUUCGAUUUGCCAAUAGCCUCUUCUUGCAAGAAGGCGUCACCUUUAACCCAGAGUUCCUGCAUCUGAUGAGAAAGUAUUUCCGGGCCGAAGUGGAGACCGUUGACUUCAGUGAAUCGGCAGCUGUGGCAGACCAGAUCAACAGCUGGGUGGAGAAUCAUACCGAGAGUAAGAUCCGCGAGCUGCUGUCUGCCGAGGACUUCAGCAGCGUGACCCGUCUGACCCUGGUGAACGGCGUCUACUUCAGAGGCUCCUGGAAAAACCAAUUCAGACCAGAGAACACAAGAACCUUCUCCUUCAGCAAAGAUGACGGCUCUGAAGUCCAGACGCUCAUGAUGUACCAACAGGGAGACUUCUACUAUGGUGAGUUCAGCGAUGGCUCCCAGGAAGCCGGUGGUGUGUACCAGGUGUUGGAGAUGCCGUAUGAAGGAGAGGACAUGUCCAUGAUGAUCAUCCUGCCUCGUCAGGAGGUACCGCUGGCUUCUCUGGAGCCCAUCAUCAAAGCGCAACUGCUGGAGGAGUGGGCUAACAAUGUGAAACGGCAAAAGGUGGAAGUCUAUCUACCUAGGUUCAAAGUAGAACAGAAGAUCGACCUGAGGAGCACUCUGCAGGAGCUGGGAAUAAAGAACAUCUUCACCAACGAUGCUGAUCUCUCCGCCAUGACAGAUGGUAAGGACCUGUACAUUGGGAAGGCAGUGCAGAAGGCUUAUCUAGAGGUGACUGAGGAGGGAGCAGAGGGAGCCGUUGGGUCAGGAAUGAUCGCCCUGACCAGGACUCUGGUGCUGUACCCACAGGUCAUGGCCGAUCACCCGUUCUUCUUUGUUAUCAGAAACCGGAGAACAGGGUCCAUCCUCUUCAUGGGCAGGGUCAUGACCCCUGAAGUCAUCGAGCCCAACGACCACGACUUUGACUCUAUGUAACCAUGAUGUGAAGUCACUCGCUCUAAGCCAAUCAGAACCUGACGUCAUAAACGCUACCUAUCCUCUAUUGCCAUCUUCAGCUGUAUUUUAUACUCUUUAUGGGAAAAAAGAUUCAGAACUGGAUAUUAUAUGAUAUAUUAUAUAUUGAAAUAUGACAUACAACAUAAACUGACUGUGUUUUGAUACUGGAAGCUUUAAACACUUGGAUACAG